AUGGCGCAAGUCCUCCUUGACCUGUUUUACUCUUUCGGGAACUGCCUCAACUGCUUCCCUGGGAACCCGAACCUCAAGAUCAAUAAUAGAAGCUUCAAGAUCCUAAGGCUUCUUGGAGAGGGCGGUUUCUCUUACGUUUACCUAGUCGAAGACACCUCUACCCACGAACUCUUCGCCCUCAAGAAGAUCCGAUGUCCCUUUGGUGCCGAAUCAGUCCAGCAGGCCAUGCGCGAAGUCGACGCCUACCGCCUCUUCUCCCACGUUCCGACCAUCAUUUCUGCCAUUGAUCACUCUGUUGCGACUGAACGUGGUGCCGACGAGUCUACGAAAACAGUUUAUGUGCUUCUACCAUACUACAAGCGCGGAAAUCUCCAGGACAUGAUCAAUGCGAACUUGGUCAACCACGAUCGCUUCCCUGAGCGUCGCCUCAUGCUACUCUUCCUCGGGGUAUGCAAGGCUCUUCGUGCCAUGCACGAUUACAAGCCUGCCGUGGAGCGCAUGAAUAUGGGGCGAGAAGAAGACGAGCUGAACAAUGGCGAGAGAAAUAACACAAGAGGCAAGCGGACCGAGGAAGAGGAAGAGGGUGAACAAGAACGAGGUCUGCUGGAAGGGGAAAACCAAGUUAGCGGUGGCAGGUCAAUCCAGCACUAUUCCCACCGAGACAUCAAGCCAGGUAACAUUAUGAUUGAUGAUUCUGGCUCAACUCCAAUUCUUAUGGAUCUUGGCUCCGUCGCACCCUCACCCAUACCCGUAACAUCACAAUCUCUUGCCCUUCAGAUCCAAGACACGGCUGCUGAGCAUUCAACAAUGCCUUAUCGUGCGCCCGAACUCUUCGAUGUCCAGACUGGCAUGGUGAUCGACACAAAAGUUGAUAUCUGGUCAUUGGGGUGCACACUCUACGCUUGUCUCGUUGGCAAGUCGCCCUUCGAGAUGCGCUCUGAUGAGACCGGUGGUACUCUGUCCCUGUGCGUCCUGGGUGGCGACUGGCGUUUCCCCGAUGAGGGCCCUGCCGGUGUCAAGCGAUCCAACAGCAUGCGUCCACAGCAAGGACAGCAGCAGCAACAAGCACCAGCCGUCGAGAUUAGUGAGCCUAUUCGCGAAGUCGUGAGGAAGUGUCUGUGCGUCGAGCCUGCGGAGCGGCCUGACAUUAAUGAGCUUAUCCAAAUGGUGCAGACGGUUAUUGAGGAGCUGCCUGAUGAUUCUCAUUAG